CUGCCCCACCUCUACCCAUCAUGCUAUCAUCAAAUUAUUGCUCUAAUUUCAUGGCUGCUUCUCUUUUCCUCCUUGUUUUUGUUCUUGUGAUGUCCUCUAGUAGUACCACAGCUCAGGGUCCACCCUCCUCUGGCUACUACCUCACUUCCUCUCUUCAAUCCAACAGCUUUACUCAGUAUUUUGCAAACCUCUGGGGUCCUCAGCAUCAAAGGUUUGAUGACCAAGGCUCCUUAACCAUUUGGCUCGACAGUACCUCAGGUAGCGGGUUUAAAUCACUGCGCUCAUACCGAUCCGGCUACUUUGGUGUUGCUGUAAAACUCCAAUCCGGCUACACUGCAGGAGUUCUCACAUCAUUCUACCUUUCGAACAACCAAUACUACCCCGGAAACCACGAUGAAAUCGACCUCGAAUUCCUGGGAACGACGCCAGGGAAACCGUAUACACUGCAAACGAACGUGUUCAUCAGAGGAAGUGGAGAUGGAAACAUUGUCGGAAGAGAAAUGAGAUUCCAUCUCUGGUUUGACCCGACACAGGAUUUCCACCAUUACGCCAUUCGGUGGUCUGCAUCAGAUAUCAUAUUUUUAGUAGACAACGUACCGAUUCGAAGGUAUACAAGAAGGAACGACGCAACUUUCCCAAUAAGGCCAAUGUGGGUUUACGGUUCGAUAUGGGAUGCUUCCUCGUGGGCGACAGAGAAUGGGAAAUACAAGGUGGAUUAUCACUACCAGCCGUUCGUAGCCAAGUACCGGGACUUCAAAAUAAGCGGUUGCACGGCGGCGGCGGCGGCGGCGUCUUGCAGGCCAGACUCCGGGGGACUGAACCAAGAGCAAUACAGAGCGAUGGAGAGGGUGCAGAGGAAUUACUUGGUGUAUGAUUAUUGCAAUGAUCCAAAGAGAGACCACACGCAGAUUCCUGAAUGCUAAAACCCCAUAAAGAAACCCAAGAAAUUCAAAUUUUAAAAAUAUUAUAAUCAAAAGAAAAGGGAAA